AGAUGGGGAAUUGUUUGGCUAAAUCGAAGAAACCCACGGCGCUGGAGAUCGCGACCUGCGAUUGCACCAGGCGUUUCAGGCCUGUUCCGGUGCAGGUUGUACGGUUCUACUUCGAGUGCCGUCGCCGCGUACGUCCGGUUCGUGUUGCUCCAAAAGAACUUGUCUCUGCAAUUGGUUCCCACUGAGGCGUCCGAUGGCGAAACGCUGGUGCUGGAGAUUGGGUCGGAGAGAGUUUCGGAUUGCCGGGAGACGCUGGUGCGGUUCAUAGAGGAGAAAUUCCCGCAUCCGCCGCUGAAGGUUGGAAUGGUGGUGGAUACGGCACCGUUGGUGGUGAAGGUGACGCGGCUGCAGCACAGGAGCAUAAAGUGGCACAUAGAGAGGAUGGUGAGGUGGACGGAGGAUCUAAGGACACGUGGGAAGAGGAAGACGGUGGAUCCGGCGGUGGGAAGUCCGAGGAUGGAGCUGAGGAAGUUCGCGAAGAAUUACUCUGAAUUGCUGGAACUGAUGUUGGAGUAUGCUCAGAUGGAGGAGAGAGUCGUCUUUCCCCUUCUCCAAACUGCCGAUCCAGGACUAUGUAAAGCUGCAAACGAGGAACAUGCAAGGGACCUCCCAGUUAUGAAUGGCAUAAAAGAAGACAUGAAAACCAUCGGAGUUAUGGACUACGGUAGCCCUUCCUACAACGAAGCCCUCUCCAGUCUUUCCAACCGCCUCAAAUCGUUGCAGAAACAUUGCAAACAACAUUUGGAUGACGAAGAGAAUGAUUUGCUGCCAUUGUUGGAGGCAACGGAGCUGAGUGGAGAAGAAGAGAUGAGGGUAUUUGAGGAUUGCUUUAAUGCAACGAGGGUCACUCAUUCAAAUUUAUUUAACUUUUUCCUGGAAGGCCUACUCCCCUCGGAAGCUAUGGAAUAUGUGGAUUUGAUCAUGAAAUGCACUGACAAACAACUAAGAGCCUCUUUGAUUCAGAUUAUUUCCAAUGCCAAGUGA